CUCAUGGAGCUGAUCCGGACGGAGGGCCGGCGGAUGACGGCGGCGCAGCCGUGCGAGACCACCGUGGGCAACAUGGUGCGGCGGGUGCUGAAGAUCGUCCGCGAGGAGUACGGCCGGCUUCACGGGCGCAGCGAAGAGAGCGACCAGCAGGAAUCACUGCACAAACUUCUGACCUCGGGAGGGCCCAGCGACGACUUCACCACCCCUUAUCCUCUCCUCAGAGCUAACGUUAUUGAAGCUAUUAACGAGCUGCUCAUAGAGCUGGAGGGCACCACCGACAACAUCGCCAUGCAGGCGCUGGAGCACAUCCACUCCAAUGAAGUGAUCAUGACCGUGGGCUACUCGCGCACCGUGGAGGCCUUCCUGAAGGAGGCCGCCCGCAAGCGCAAGUUCCAGGUCAUCGUGGCCGAGUGCGCGCCUUUCUGCCAGGGCCAUGAAAUGGCUGUCAAACUAGCUAAAGAGAACAUUGAAACUACUGUCAUGAGCGAUGCUGCUAUUUUUGCUGUCAUGUCUCGAGUCAACAAGGUGAUCAUCGGCACCAAGACCAUUCUGGCGAACGGCGCGCUCAUCGCUGUGAGUGGCACUCACACGCUGGCUCUGGCAGCCAAGCACCACUCCACUCCGCUCAUCGUGUGUGCCCCCAUGUUCAAGCUCUCCCCCCAGUUCCCUAAUGAAGAAGAUUCAUUCCACAAGUUUGUGUCACCUCAAGAAGUGCUGCCGUUCACAGAAGGGGAGAUCCUGGCAAAGAUCAACGUUCACUGCCCGGUGUUUGACUACGUCCCUCCAGAGCUCAUUACUCUCUUCAUUUCUAACAUUGGGGGUAAUGCACCUUCCUAUAUCUACCGCCUCUUGAGCGAGCUCUACCAUCCAGACGACUAUGAACUCUGAAUUAAUGCCUGGAAGCAAGUCGCUGUCCAGACUUUUCCUAUCUCGAGGAAGAUACAACAGCUAAUUAAAGCGGAUGCUGCAAAGAUGGGCUGCUGUUCAGCAGAGGGAAAUCUGCCCAGUGCAGUGUCUCCUAUCCAAAAGCAACAGACAGCAGAGCUCUUGCAUGGGUUUUAAUCUCUCUCCUGUGUUACAAGCCCCAUGGAGCUGCUGCUACGUUUUGCU